AUAAUUAAAAAAGAUAACUUCACUAACAAAUGACUUAGCAUGUAAAUGCUACCAAUAGCUAGAAUUGCUCAAAAAUGUCUCAUUAGAACUGGAAUGGAAACAGGAUAUAUUAUAGAUGCGGCGCAAGACAUUCAAAACAAGUUAUCAAAGAGGGGAAACAUAAACAAUAAAAAUGGAAGCCAAUGUAGAUUUUAGCAGGAUUUCGGCCAAGUUGUACCAGAAAUACGCACAGCAUGUAAGAAACUUAAAGGAUGUGUGCGUGUCCAAGACGGUGAUGAAGCCAGGUGCCUUUUUCGACAGUCUGCAGCAGAUGAUGGAGGAGGAAGCCGCAGCCACCACACCUCCAAAAGAUUUGGGCUCGGUAGCCGACUAUACAGAGCUUUUCAAGACUUUGGAGGAGUAUCCAGCUAACCUGCAGAAGAUAACCAAGAAGCGGGAGCUGCAGCGCACAAACUCAACGAUCCUACGAGGAGUGGACGAGUCGGCAGCUAUCAACAACUCAAACGUUUCGCUCAGUCUGACGCGUCUUGAGGAGCAGCGAAGUGCCGUGGAUGUGUAUAACGACUUCAAGGUCUUCCAACGGAAACUCGCAAAGAUCUACGACGAGGCCGCCGCGCUGGACACCACGGAAUCCAUUUAUAAGCAGAAACUGACUCAACUCCAUGGCUUUGCACAGCAGAUGGAGAAGCUGAUGCCCACCGGGGGUGAAUCGCUGCCAGAUGCUUUUACAUCCGAGGAGCAGGAAAAACUUCUAACGAUUGCCGCCAACAUGGAGCAGCUAAACUACCUCCGCUCCAACAACCUCCAGUUUCCCAAUCCCAGCGAAAUUCUGGCCCAUGGAAGUCCGGCCGCACGUCUGGAGAUGCUGGUCGAGGUGCUUACCUAUACUCUCCUCCAAAUUAGUAGUUACAACAUGGCGUUGAUCUGAUUACGCUAAAGUAAGCUCUAAUGGCAUUCUGAUACAUUGUAUUACUAUUACUACUAUUCAACAUACUUAUUCAUUCUUAAUUAUCAAUAAAUAAACUGCUUUCUUGACUUGUCUUGUCAUUAAAGUUA